AUGGACGCGGCAGUAGAGGAAAUUCCCUAUCAAGAGUUAAAAAUUGGAAAUCUAAUAGGUUCAGGAUUUUAUGGCCACGUUUAUAGUGCAAGGUGGAGAAAUAUUGAGAUUGCAGUGAAGAGGAUAAUACCGGGCCGUGAAAGCAGAAAAAUUCAGAGAGAGGUUAACCACCUCUCAAGGGUCAGCCAUGUAAAUAUCGUUAAACUCUACGGAAUAUCCAAGGACGAGGACAGCUUUCUUAUGCUCAUGGAAUACGUUGAUGGAGGAUCUCUGCACAAAUUUCUACAUGAGGGCUCGAGACCAAGUUAUUCUCAUGCUCACGCCUUCAGCUGGGCUUACCAGAUCGCUCAGGCAGUAGCUUAUCUACAUGCCAUUACACCUCACGCCGUCAUUCAUCGCGAUAUCAAGCCACUCAAUGCUCUGCUGUGUCAAAAGGGUCUCAGACUGAAGGUCUGCGAUUUUGGCACAGUCGUAGACCUAUCCCAAUCAAUAUCUCAGAACGCAGGAACCUGCAAAUACAAACCACCUGAGGUUUUGGAUGGACUCCCCUUUACUGAAAAGUGUGACGUCUACAGUUGGGCGAUUACUUUUUGGGAAAUAUUAUCGCGCAAGGAGCCUUUUGAACAACAUGAUGGUACUUUUGCCUUGAGCCUGGCAAUUAAUGGAGGCAAGUGAGAGGCCGCCGUUAAAUAGUAUUACCUCCUGCCCCGAGGAUGUAAUUAGUUUAAUUGACACUUGUUGGAGCACGAAUCCUCAAAGGAGACAUACAAUGGAACUUAUUGCUUAUAUCAUGGAAAGGUUUGUCAGUGAAGCUGGACCAAUACAACCUCUGGAUUUGUAAUCAAAACAUUUUUGAACAACCAAUCAGUAAUAAUAAUCAGCUAUCUAUGUGAACGUUAAA